AUGCGUGCCACCGUUCUCGCCGUCGCCGCCGCUGCCGCUGCCGCUCCCGUCUUGGUCAGCGCUGCUCCCACACCUUACUAUAAUGACCUGUACGCUCGUGGGGUCGAUACUGACUUGGAUGCCCUCGCUCGCCGGAUGUUUUCUGGAGCCCUGCUCGGUGCACAAAAGGGUGCUAGCCGGGGUGCCAGGAAGGUAGUCGUAGAACAGAAGAAGUCGCAACAGGCUAUCAAUAGCCCGGCGAACCAGCCCGUCAGAUUGCCAAAGUACAAUCCCGCGAUUCAUGGCCAGCAAGGUCAGAGCAGCCAGGGUUAUGGUGGUUCUGGUUAUGGAAAGCAAGGCCAGAGUAGCCAGGGUUAUGGUGGCUAUGGCGGUUCUGGUUAUGGAAAACAAGGCGAGAGCAACAAGGGUCGUGGAAAACGCGAGUAUGACUUCGAUCUCUUCGCUCGUGAAGAGGGUGAACUGGCGCUAGCCCGGCGCAUGUUGCCGGGUGUGCAACUUGGGGCACCUAAAGGUGCUGGUAACGACAAUGAAAACUCCGAGCAUGAUGAUGAUGGAGGUCUUCAGCACCAUCACGGUGAGGACUUCGAGCACCAAUCCGAACACAUGGACCAUCAUCUUCGGGAGUUGAUUGCGCGUGCUUUAUUCAAUGAGCUUGAUUGA